AUGGCUGGGUCAAGUGGUGGUGAUCUUCGGGCUCCAAUAUUCAAUGGAAAGAAGAUUGAGGCAGAAGGGUCGUCAGAAUCAGAGAAAGAAACUUUGUUAAUGAAGGACGCUAAGGCACUGGGUAUUAUUCAAGGGGCUGUCUCAGAUGACAUUUUCCCCAAAAUUUCGAAUGAAGAAACCUCAAAAGGUGCUUGGGACAUUCUACAUCAGGAGUUUCAUCAUCAGCAGCAGCAAGUAUUAGAUAUAAUUGUUUGGCUUAAAGUCUUAAUCAUGGCUGCAUAA